AUGGGCGCGUGUGGGACGGACCAUGGCAGAGUGUUGUCAUGGUGGGCGUUGAGCCAGCCGCCGGGGAAGGUGUCCGAGCAGGGUGCCGGCUUCAAGCGCGCUCGGCGCGGCGGACCGAACAUCCACGUGCCGGACGAGUCGGACGGCGUGAUCCCAGCUGGCACCCGAAAGUCGCGAGCGGGCGCUUACUACGACAAGGGCAUCCUCCACGCGUCCAGGGCCUUCGGCGGCGAGACCACGGACUACUACACAGACGUGGGCCACUCAAGUGCGGCGCCUGGACAAGAUCACUUCACAUACGAGGUCGGCGGGAAGGCCGUGGACGCCGAGUUUCCCUUAGGGAAGAGGCCGUUUCCAGACUUUUAUGUCCAGGCCGACCCGACGAAGUUCUUCUGA